AUGGUGCAUUGUCUUGGUGACACCCUUGAGAGACGAAAUAGUGUAACAGAUGAAGGGACGCAGAAAGACGAUGGACCAUUCUUUUCUUUGCAUUUUUUCGGGGAAGAAAAGAAGACACCACCCAAACAAAAAAAGAAGUCUCUCUCCCCUCAUCGAGCGAACAAAUGGUGGCUAUGGGUGGUCAAAGGAGGGAUACGGACGGUUUGGUGA